AUGAUGAACAAGAUCGUGAGCGUUCUCUCUGCCCUUGCAGUCGUCGCAGCUGCGAAUCCCACUGUUGGCUACGCUGGAUACUUCUACACCAACUGUACCGCUCCUAGCGUGGAUGCCGCAAACGCCUACGCUGGAUCAUGCAUCAACGUCGAGAACUUCCCCAUCAAGUCCUUCAGUGCUUACGUCGAAGCUGGGUCUUGUGCCGACGGUACAUCCACCGUUCUCAACACUUACACAGCUUCCGGUUGCGAUGAUUCGAGUCUGUUCGGAACCUUUUCUGUGGAUGGCGAGAAGCAGUGCUUUGAGGCAGAUGUGACCCUUGUUAGCCUGAAGGCUGAGUGUGUCUAA